AUGAGGAGCCCUAAGAACCUGAAGGAGGUUCAGCGGUUAAUGGGCCGGCUGACUUCUCUGGCGCGUUUUCUACCCAGGCUGACGGAGAAGGUUAAGCCGAUCCUGAAAGUCAUGAAGAAACAGACUGCGGAAAAGUGGGAUAACCAAUGCGAGGCGGCAUUUCAGCAAAUAAAGUCGAUGAUCGCUGCCCCGCCAAUCAUGAACCGACCGGUUGAAGGGUUGCCCCUGCAGUUAUAUCUGUCGGUGUCGGACGACGCGAUCAGCGCAGCCUUGGUACAAGAGGCUCCGGAGCAACGGCCUGUUUAUUUCAUCAGCCGAGUUCUACAAAGCGCAGAAACGAGGUAUCAGUUGAUAGAGAAAAUAGCUUUGGCGUUGUUAACAGCCUCACGACGACUACGCCAGUACUUCCAGAGUCAUCAGGUGGUCGUCCGAACCGAUCACCCCAUAGCCAAGAUACUCCGAAAGCCCGACUUGGCCGGAAGGAUGAUCGCCUGGUCGGUUGAGUUGUCUGAGUUCGGUCUUAAGUAUGAACCUAGAGGAUCGGUGAAAGGGCAGCAUUUGGCCGACUUUGCAGCCGAACUCCACAGACCGACCCCCUCGCCCGAGCAGACGUGGAUUCUCUUCGUUGACGGGUCGUCAGACAAACGAAGUGCUGGAGCAGGAAUCGUUAUUGAAGGGCCGAACGGCUUCUCGGUGGAGCACUCCUUGCAGUUCCAGUUUAAAGCCUCAAAUAACCAGGCAGAGUAUGAAGCGCUGAUCGCCGGAUUAAGACUAGCAAAAGACUUGGGCGCGACGAGGUUGAAGUGUAACACUGACUCGAAGCUCGUUGUCGGGCAGGUACGGGGUGAAUACCAAGUCAAGGAUGAUUUGCUGCUUCAGUACUACCACAAGGCUGUUGAAGCCAUGAAAGAAUUCGAAGAAGUUACCAUCCACCACAUCCCCCGAGAGGAGAACGCUAGGGCCGAUAGGCUAUCCAAGCUGGCGGAAGGGAAGGAGAAGGGUCAAUUGAAGACCAUUAUCAGGCAAACCCUGAUGAGACCGUCUGCGGGAGAAUGUGCUGCAACAGAACGAUCGGCUGAUUGGACUACCGAGAUUCGAGAACUCUUGAGAAGGUGCGAGGCUGGAGAAGAGGUCAGACCGACGGAAAGAAGGAGGGCGCUCCGUUUUGUAAUCAUCGGAGAAGAUCUGUACAAGAGAGGCUUCACAGCGCCGCUCCUUAAAUGUUUAACCGCAGACGAAGCGGCAUACGUCAUGAAUGAGGUACAUAACGGCAUCUGCGGAAUGCACACCGGUCGGCGGACAAUGAAAGCAAGGAUACUCCGAGCGGGAUAUUUUUGGCCGACCAUGGAAGAAGACUGCGAAGUCGUGAUACGCAAGUGUGCAGGAUGCCAAGCCCAUGGAAACAAUAUGAAGAGGGCCCCGACCGAGCUACAUAGUUUGACAGCCCCAUGGCCGUUCGCUCAAUGGGGCAUGGACAUCGUCGGACCCUUCCCAAUCGGCCGAGCGCAGAAGAAAUUCAUACUCGUAGCAGUCGACUACUUCACUAAGUGGGUGGAAGCGGAAGCUUUGGCUAACAUCACCGCUCGGCAGGUUCACUCUUUUGUCUGGCGCAACAUCAUAUGUCGCUUCGGCCUUCCCCACACGAUCAUCACCGACAACGGUCGGCAGUUCAUCGACAAAAAAUUGAAGGACUUCUAUAGGCAAGUAGGGGUACGACACGUCACUAGUUCGGUCGAGCAUCCCCAAACUAACGGCCAGGCUGAGGCCGUGAAUAAGGUGAUAGUAGCUGAGCUAAAGAAGAGGUUAGGAGAAGCCAAAGGAGCGUGGGUGGACGAGCUGCCUCAAGUGCUUUGGGCCUACCGAUGCACACCGCACGGGACGACCAGGGAAUCUCCAUUCAACCUGACGUAUGGGACCGACGCCAUGCUGCCAGUCGAAGUAGGAGAGCCGACCCUUCGGCGAGAGAUGCAAGAUCUUGAGGUCAAUUGUGGACGACUGCGCGAGGAAUUAGAUUGGACGACCGAGCGUGAAAAUAACGGCAGCCACACAAACCUAUUUAUAGGGGGGACCAGGCGACACGUGGCAGCCCCAGGACCCUACGAUCACGUUCAGAUCAACGGCCGCAGCUUCGCGACGCUUCAAAUCCUAACUGCCAGGCACGACCCACGAGGCAAUGUAACCGUUGAGAAACGCCAUCGGUCAAUCGGGACCACGAUCCGGAUAAAACCUCUUCGACUCUUUUACAUCGCUCGAGGCUGGGGGGGCUUGUGUACAGUAUGCCCAUCGGUCAGUCAGCCAUUACUAACCAUGAAGCAAGAACCAUAG